AUGGUAUCAGCCCUUGGGACCGACCAGAAGGUCUGGUCAGCUAUCAUUGCAGCCGGUGUCACGGGCUUCAUCUAUUUCCUGGCUAAACUAUAUGCUGCUCGUAAAGCAAUCUGGCGGAUGCAAAGAGCCAACUUGCCAAUUCCGGAUUUCUCGUUCAUUGGGGGUCACUUUCCAGUCCUCAAGAGUGUCAUGCGAGUUUUACCAUCGGACAGCAUCAUCCAUAACAUCAUGUGGAAGAUAUCAGAGGACUACCCGAAAGGCAUAUUCUACAUCAGUCUCUGGCCUUUCAGCGGCACCGUGAUGGUCGUUGCAGAUGCUGAGGCUGCUUCACAGCUCGAUGCUCUUCCUCUUGCCAAAGGAAUCGAUAUAAUCGUGCCUCUUGAGAAGGUAACUGGUGGAAGAAGCUUGUUGACAAUGAAGGGGGACGAAUGGAAACGUUGGCGACGCCUCUUUAACCCAGGCUUCAGUCUAGGUUACAUGAUGGGUCUUGCGCCAGCAAUCGCUGAUGAAGUCGCCGUUUUCCGACAGAAGCUACUGGAUAUAUGCGCAGGGGGGCAUACCAAAGUGUUCCAGCUUGAAGACUUGACUCUGAGGAUGACAUUCGAUAUCAUCGGGUCCGUCGUAUUGUUAGUAUCUUGGGGGCCCCUGGCUAGACAAUUGAUGUCUCUAACACUCGAGCACAGGGAUACCCGGCUUCAUCACCAGAAACAAGAUCAUCCCCUCGCAUUGGCUCUUCGGAAGCAGAUUGAAUGGACAUCGUUUCGCGAACCUUUAAACCCGUUGGAGAAAUACCUCACGAUUCGGCCUCUAAUUCUCUGGCUCAACGGGAAGAAGGUGGACCAGUUUAUCUUUGCGGAAACCGACAGGAUACUGUCAGAGCGGUUUCGAGACGAUCCAGGCCCAAAUGAUGUCACCCGAUCGAAAUCGAUAGCAUCUCUAUUCAUCGAUGAAUACCUCAAGGAAGUAGGUGGAAAAGAAUCUGACAAUGAUGCCAAACAAGCGAUCAAAAACACCAUUACCCCUCAAGUCCGACUCUUCUUAUUCGCUGGGCACGACACAACUAGCAGCACGCUUCUCUACUGCUACAAGCUCCUCUCGGACAACCCAGACGUUCUUUCUCGCGUCGUCACAGAAAUUAGAGAUACUUUUGGGCCCGACCCUUCGCAGGUGCAGAACAGAAUCCACGAAGAUCCACAACUCCUCAACAGGACACCUUACACUGUGGCUUUCAUCAAGGAAGUGCUCCGCAUAUAUCCACCAGCGGGUGCCCUACGACAGGGCCGUUCAGACGUGCAGGUUGUGGACGAAGACGGCCGUGUGUAUCCCACCGAGGGAUGUAACGUCUGGACGCUGUCUUUGGCUAUCCACCACAGCCCCAAACACUGGAAAGAUCCCGAGGCCUGCAUUCCGGAUCGCUGGCUUGUUGGACCCGAAGACCCUCUGUAUCCGCCCAAAGGUGCCUGGCGGCCCUUUGAAUGGGGUCCCCGAAACUGUAUCGGACAGACAUUGGCGAUGCUCGAAUUGAGAAUCGCGUUAGCCAUGACGGUGAGGGAGUUCAGCUUAACGCCUGCGUACGACGAGUGGGAUGAGCUUCACCCCAAGACUGGCAUCAAUACGGUCAACGGCAACAGGGCGUAUCAAGCUAUCAAAGGCGGAGGCGGUGCCCAUCCAGCGGACGGGUUCCCUGUGAAGCUCGCGCUACGAGCGCAUUGA